AGCCACAAGACCUGCCGCCGGAUAUUGGUAUCCUGAAGCUGAAAGACGGAGUGACACUUGUUACGACGCGGGACGACGCUCGAGCCUACCGGGCCUUGCAAGAAUGGUACGACGACUACGUCGAUCCGGAAACACGAAAGAACCCGAGAACACUCAGUAUCACUAGGAUAAUAGAGCCAGGUACUACAACUGUGCCAGUGUUGUCUGAAAGUGGUGCAGCCAGUAGUUACCCGCGGUCGGCCCAAUUCAAGAACUUCGCGCGUCCGAAGAGGCAGCCUCAAGUUGCGCAAGCGACAGCACCGCAAGCGAUGCUUCCCGGACCAGCACAAGCAACAGCCUUCACGCGAACCACGACACCAAUUAUCGUUGGUGUCACGAACUUGGCUAAAGAAGUCGCGUCUCGAGCGCGGGCUCUUCGUUCUCGAGCAGGUCGGGCACCGCUCGGUGAUGAACCCGGAGCGGAGCAGGCGCAGGCGUCAACGAACCAAGAUGAUGCACUGGC